GAAGAAGAUGGCGCGUAAAAUGUUAUGUUACUUCGCAUCGAGGCAUCUUGUUUUGUAAGUUAACUUCUUCUCUUUCAGUCCUGACGCGACUUUCAAUGUGAACGCUACUUUUUGUUUUGGUUUUCUGGGGGCAGCGGCACUACGACAAUUUCGGAGGAUAAAUAAAAAUCUGUCGUCAUAAAUCAGUGUCAUAAAUCUCUCGCCACAAAAAAAAUUGUGAAACAAACUAUGUGCCAUGGUCCAGAGAUAAGCGAGGCCACACAAGACAAGAACCGAAAACGAAUUAUAAUAAUAAAUAAAUUCAAUUCACAUAUAUAAAGCCGCAUUCGACGAAUUUCUUUGGGCCACUAAAAGACUAAACCAAGUGUCCAAGUGUAAUACAAAAGUCAAGUGAAAGUGGCGGCUGCCGUUUCAUUCAAAUUAAAUUUCCAACUUUCAUCCCGCUUCCCCGUUCCCACUGACCCACUUAGAAUGUUUGAUUAAGGACAAUAAGCAAUAAAAAUGGCCAUCUUAGAGUCCUGCUGCUUUUGGAAGAAUGUGCGUAAGGGCAGCUAUGCCUGUGCCACAUAUACUCUGAUUUAUUUUGGCAUCUCGACGCUGAUGUUUUUGUUUUACUUAAAAGAGGAAAAGGAAUUUCUAAUGGGACAACGUGAACAGCCUCUGGGUGAGAGUAUGCUAGAACGGGGGGAUGUAACUAAAGCGACUGUGAUAUUCAACAUUUUGUUUUUGUUUUGCUCAAUGCUGAUGCUAUUAUCAUCCUUCCUGCUGAUUUUGGGUCUACGUCAGAAUAAACGUCAAUUGCUUUUACCUUGGAUAUUCUUUAUGCUUGGCGAUUUACUCAUCGAAUUCGCUCACCUUAUCCAUUUGACUUUGUCACGUCGCGUGAAUUUUGAUCCCAUUGUGGGUUUUAUCUUUACCAUUGAUUUUUUUGUGCUGUGCCUCAAUCUCUACUGUUUACUGUGCGUCAUCUCUCAAUAUCAGUUUUAUCGUGAGCAGCGAUUGCACUUGGCCCAUCAGCCGCCUCUUGUAUCGCCCAAUGUGGUAUUUACGGAUGCUGAGAAAUCUCAACAGCAUCACAAUUUGCAACAACUCCAGCAACAACAAUUGAAUGGAGAGCAUCAAAACUCACAGAACACAAAUACGGGCCAGAGUAAAAGACUCUCACGUCGUUUACAGGCAGCCAGUCCUUUGAUUACAUCGCAACGUUUAACCAACUUCUCGACCAUAACCGAAGAGGAGGAACAACAAUUGCAGUUCCGAGCUCCAGCAAAUGGUGACAAUGGCAAUGGCGACUGUGGUCAUAUAUCGGAACGAAGUGGUGCCACUUCCAGUGAAGGUGACAUACAACCAGCAGUCGAGCAAUCACCACCCACUCCCAUUCCGACCAUCACACUUGAUGCCAAUUCGCAGCAAUGAGGGAGGAGGAGGAGGAGAAAGAGAAAUAUGUAUAUGU